CCUCUGGGGUCAAGAGUCAAACCGGUCCACUGAGUUUUGUUACGAUCGGCCUCUCUAAACCUCGUCUAAUCACUGAUUAUAUUAAUCUAUCAUGAAUAGAUUUAUUUAUUAUAAAUAUAGAAAUUUGCCCCGCUGCUUUGUUUACAGGUGCAGAGAGAACCAUGUGUUUGAAAUUCAGCUUGGACCUCGUACACAAAUUGCUGAAGUCUGAUACGCUACAGGAGGAGCUACAGACGAGGGGAGAGAGCUUCACCUCGAAGCUGCAGUAUCAGCGGUCAGCCACAGAGAACGUGUUCAUGACUUUUCAGCUGGACUGCCCCGAGCUGCUGAAGCUCACGGGACUGCCCGGCCGUCUCAUCGUGUCUCUGUUCGAGCACAGCUCAGUGGUGGAGCACGUGAAGAGUCCUGCUGGACAGACCUCCCCUGGUGAGAGUAAAUCUCACCAUGCAGACCCUAAGCACCAAUACUCAAGCAAUCACGCACCAUUUUGAUUGCAACUUGAAUAUUUAUUAAGAUGUACAAUAGCCUCUUUUUUUAAUGGUUAUACUCAUGAAAGUGUGGACUCAUGAAAGGUUAGGGUUGAUGUACUGAUGUUGCUGGUCAUUUAGAAUCACGAUGUGCCUAAAUGUCAGCAAGCGAGGCACGGUUCUGGAAAGUCUGGAGAAAGUAUGGAAAUUUUUUUCAUGGUGUAGAUCAAGAUGUGAAUAUUUUGCUGUCAAACUCGGAGCACUGAAGCUUUACAUUUCCUUAUUGUCUGUUCAAAUGCAGCCUCCGUAAGUAAUGUAAGAAUCGAAUAAUUGCUCAAGCCAAAAAAAAAGUUUCCUAUUUCAUUGAGAACCAUGCAGCCCUUAGUAGAGCUCGACUGCGUCCCUUGCAGGAGCGGCUGAGAACUGUCCGAUGUCAUUAUGCAGCA